AUGUUAUCCAGGACGGCGGUCCUCAAGGCACUGCUCACCGCUACUCCCAUUUUGAUUAUCUUGCACCAAGACAAUAUCCACUGCUACGGCAAGCCAGACUGCUUCCCCGCCAAGCGACACCCUUCUUUGUUCGAUGUCAAACACAACAAAGACUUCUGCCUCAAGCACGGCGCGACACUCAGAGAUCCGCCCCCUCGGCUCGCCAUGGUGACGGCGCAACUUGGGAUACCCGAAAAACACUACCAACGAGCACUUCGAACGCAUGCCCUGCACAACGCGGUACACGGAACCGGCAUACACAUCCUCUGCACCAAGAUCGUCGACGACCUGUGGAACAAGCCAGCCUUCAUUCUGGACUUGCUCCUCCGGGAGAUGGAGAAGCCAGAGAGCGACCGGUUGGAGUGGCUGUUCUGGGUUGACCGCGACACGAUCAUCCUCGACACGUGCCGGUCUCCUCUGAGCUUCCUCCCUCCCAGGGAAAAGGAGUUUAAUAACCAUACAGAGCAGCCCAAAGACGGCAAACCAGAAAUACACAUGCUCGCGACAAAGGACUGGAACGGGCUGAAUAACGGCGUCUUCCUCGUCCAGGUCAACCGGUGGUCCGUCGACCUCUUCUUCGCCAUUCUGGCGUUCCGAUAUUACCGCCCCGAUGUCGAGCUUACCUGGUCGGAGCAGAGUGCGAUGGGAUUUCUGUUGGAAGAGCCCCAGUUCCGAGAUAACGUCGCUUGGGUGCCCCAGUGGUGGCUCAACCCCUACCCCCCGGGAGACUUCCUCGUGCAUUUUGCUGGCGUCGGAGGCCUGGAACAGGCCCGGCAGGCCAUGAAGCCGUGGCUCGAUGUUGCGGAGACGGCGGUAGAUGGCUGGGCGGCUGAGCCGAGGGAGAGGGACCUGAAUAAAGAAAUCCGGGACUUUUGGGAAGGGCGGGAGAGCACGUGAGGGUUGGAUGAUUCGUUCUGCAGUUUGUGUAAUUCCUUUUCUCUUGGAGUAUGCCUUGGCUAGCUGGAAGUGUAAAGCAGGACUGCGGAGAUGGCUAUAUGGUUCCUGCUCCAGAAGAGUUGGAACCGGAAACCUCCAAACAAGCGGGAAGCGUGCUGGUCGCCACACAUAUGGAAAGAAGGCAACUGGCUUAAUGUUGCCUGCGUGCCAGCCACGACGAGUCUCCAUCUCUGGGUGGAAACAGCGCUGUUCUCUACGUCUCUCCUGGCUCGAAUCUGCAGCAAUUCGCAGCCCUUGGUGUGUCUUCCGUAUUUGUAGCGUGGGUGAUCUAGGUACGCCCUGCUCCAUGGUUGUGUCUAUGCAGCAUGCCAGUGCAGCACAGCACAGGCUGUUGGGUAAUGAUAGCCUUGAUUGACUGAGCUGAGGUUCUUUUUGACAUGAAAUGAUUGGGUCGGAGUCGAUCCACAUGCCAGGC